AUGCCUCCAGAUGAACAAGGACUUAGUUUACCUUCUCCUGAUCGACUUAGCAACCUUAACAUUUAUUUAAUCGAUGACAUUCUAAGUAGGUUGUCUUUUCGAGAUGUUGUUAGAGUUAGUACACUUUCGAAGGACUGGCAAUAUAUAUGCUGGAGAAUUCCACAUGUGAAGUUUGAUCAAACAGUGUGGAAAACACCAGAGGACUUGAUGUCCCCUACCAUUGGAUUUAUUCCAAUUCUUGAGAGUUUUCUCAGGUUGCCUAACUUCUUUUUGAAUUGUUCAGCAUUGAGGCAUUUGUAUCUCAAGGAAUGUGAAAUACAGCUUCCAUGUUUCUUUAAGGGAUUUAAUAAGUUAAUUAGGCUAAUAUUGAAAUCUGUCACGUUAUCUUCUGAUACGUUUGAAAGUUUGAUAUCUAAUUUCCCGUUGCUUGAGGAUUUGGUGCUAAAAGACAUAGACAAUCUGUACCCCAUGAGUAUUAAUGCUCCAAAGCUAAGGUCAUUUAUCUUUCGUGGCGAUAUACAAUUGAAACAUCUUGAAAAUGUCCCCGUUCUUUCCAAUGUUCUUUAUGCGCCUAGAGAAUUAGUUCUACAGGACGAAGAUGAUUUUGUCAAUAUUUUUUCGUCUAUUCCUGCUCUCGAGUGUUUCAGCUGGGAUUUUUUUGAGGUCAAUAAUGGGUCAACUGAAGUUAUACUAACAAGGCUUCCAUUAGCUCUUAACUGUCUGAAACGCCUAUUCAUGUCAUGGAUUACUCUUGGAGAGUUUUUUGAUCUUUCAUUUGCUCUUUGCAUAAUACGAAGCUCUCCAAAUUUGGAAGAAAUUGGAAUCAAGGAAUGUAUCCUUAGUGAUGGAGAUUAUUUCGAAUCUGUGCCCCAGGAGGUUGUUGAUGAGAUUCCUGCAAGCUUUUUGGAUAUCAGAUUUAAUCAUCUGAGGACAGUUAAGUUUUAUGAUGUACUAUUAGAAGAGGUUGAAAUGCAGCUUAUCAAGAUUUUAUUGGCAAAGUAUCCAGCACUGGUGAAAAUGAACUAUUUAGAACAUGCGCGCCGGGAGGCUGUUGAUGAUAUUCCUGAAAGUUUCUCGGAUAUGACAUUUAAUCACCUGAGGACAGUAAAUAUUUAUGAUGUAACAGGAGUAGCAGCUGAAAUGCAGCUUACCAAGGUUUUCUUGGACAAGUCCCCAACAUUGGUCAGAAUGAUAGCCAAGCCCUUGAAACGGAAGAUAAAGAAUCUUUUAAAGUACUCGCUGAGGUAA